GCCUUAUGGUUCUCAUCUUUGAGGGCCGGAAAUACAGAUGCAAUUACAAUACUGUCAAUGCUUGCGUCGAUUCAUUCUGUUCAAUGCCAUCCGUAGUAUCAAGCGCACGUGCCUUCAGAAGCCACAUCUCUAGGGUUACGUCUGGCCGCGAUUUGCUUUACGUUCAUCAAGGUGAGAUGGCUACCAUCCCCUGUGUGAUUGGCUCGGAUGACGCCUGCAUCCCUCGUCUGGUCGCCUCAGACGAUGCAACAUCAUGUGUAAUCGUCAUUUUACGAUCUCAAGGUCUAUGCCUUAUAGCUCAUCUGGACAACUCCCACAGAGCCAAAGCCUUUCUAACGAGGACUACGCAAGUCUUGUCGCCAGAUGACGCCCACCUAGACGCCCAUUUAGUGGGGGGUUUUUACGACAAUAAGGAACUGGCCCACUCCACUAUAGUAGAAGUGAUGGGAGAGUUUCUGUGCAAUGAUGCCAAGGAAUACUCUGUGAAAACGUUUUGCGUGGGAGAGUUGAACACCAUUUUGGGGGUAUGUAGACACGGGCCCAAUACCGACCGAGUCAUCCCAAUGCCUGCGGUUACUGGAGUUGUCUUUGACUGGCAGUCGAACUCAAUAUCCCCCGCUAUUGUUUGCUGGGAAGCCCGCGGUCCCGUCCCCGUAUUGAGGCUGUCACGCUUACAUAGUUCCAACGCAGCGCGAAUGCUCAGCAAUAUCUUCGAUGCAAACAGCCAUAAGCUGAUCAUAGAACCAUUUCGCUACUCUCAGUGGAUAUGUAAUGACCCAUUGAAGCUCAGCAUGGAUGAGAUGAGGCUGUUAUCAACAACUCCGGACCAAGAGCCAGCGACAUUUUUCGAAGGUCUCCGUGCAACGGUAGCCCUUAUGUUUCAUCAUCCUGAUCCAAUGCGAUCUUGGUUUUCUGACGGCCGGCUGUCGUUUAGAUGUAGUGACAGCAUUCCAUAUUGGAGACCCUUAGAUGAAGCCUCGGAGUUCGCUUUAAUUCAUGCGCUCACUUGAUACAUGCGGCUGCUAAACAC